AUGUUUUUUUUUUUUUCCACCCAGCUUCAGAAUGACCUGGAAGAAGUAAAGCAGUUUUUGGAAAAGGCGACAAGAAAACGAGUGCGAGAUGUGCUGUUCGUGGAGCAACGCAAACUGGAGACUGAGAUCGCUAACAAACAGCAACAACAAACAGGAGAGUCUAUGGAAGUUUCAAAGCCAUCUGCCAUUGUCCCUCCCAUGUCCAGCAUGUAUACAGUGAAAAUUAGCAACUAUGGAUGGGAUCAAUCUGACAAGUUUGUUAAAAUCUAUAUUACUUUGAAGGACAUUCAGAAUAUUCCAGCUGAUAAUGUGCAAGUCCAAUUCACAGAAAGGUCCUUUGAAUUAUUGGUGAAGGAUCUAAAUGGGAAGAAUCAUACCAUGACUGUAAAUAAUCUUCUGAAGCCAAUUGCACCUGAAAACAGUUCCAGAAAAGUGAAGACAGACACUGUACUCCUAAUGUUAAGGAAAAAAUCUGAAAGCAAAUGGGAAUAUUUGACUCAAGUUGAGAAACAGACAAAAGAGAAAGACAAACCCCCAAUGGACACAGAUGGAGACCCCAGUGCCGGUCUUAUGAACGUUUUAAAGAAAAUAUAUGAUGACGGAGAUGAUGAGAUGAAGAGGACGCUAAACAAAGCCUGGGUGGAAUCUCGGGAAAAGCAGAUGAAGGGUGACAUGGAUUUCUGA